GGAACCGACUGGCAGCUGGAUUUUACUCAUAUGCCCACAGUCAGGAAAAUUAAAUAUCUCUUGGUUUUGGUGGACACAAUGUCUGGGUGGGUUGAAGCCUUUCCCAUCUCUAACAAGAGAGCCCAAACAGUCUCUGAUAUUCUUCUCCGAGAGAUCAUUCCUAGGUUUGGACUUCCAACUUCUCUUCAGUCAGAUAACGGUCCAGAGUUUACUUCUCAGAUUUCUCAAAAUCUGUCUAAAGCGCUCGGAAUCCCCUGGAAUUUUUACAUACUGUAUCAUCCUCAGUCAUCAGGUAAGGUAGAACAAACUAACCACUCUUUAAAGGAAGCUCUCGCCAAGAUGUCACAAGAACUCCACCUCGACUGGCAUCUUAACGAUGACCCAGCUGCUCAGAAAAAGCCAGACAAAUGUGACUUCUUCAAUCAAACAUCUCAGGAUGCCAGCGGAUUGGACAGAACCAACAGAAACCGACCAUCUCGGAAUGCCAGCGGCCAGGAGAACCACCAGGACACCGCCAAGAUCAUCGGAUACACCCUGGACCCCUCAACGCCCAAAGCCAGCAGAAAGCAGUCAUGAAAGACCAGGCU